GUUAUGCAGGACUUCUGUGCGGUAUAAAAAGCAGAGGAAGGAGAUUAAUUUAGUAUCCAGGAGCAUUUCAAAACCAAUAAAAUUCAACAGUACAACUUGACAUUGCAAAAUGCAGAAACUUUUCGCCAUUAUUUUGACCCUCAUCGCGGCCGCAAAGGCUGGAGUUGUUGACCCAGUCACGCGAUGUGGAGGCGUAGGGACCCAACUUCAGCUCAGAAUCAGCGAUUGCAGCGGACGUUGUAGCCUGAGACCUGGAACUGUGUACGAUUGUGAGAAUGACUUUAUGCCAAGCUCCUCUUCUCCCUCGCUUGACCUUCGUGUCGAAAUUUGCAUGAAUGCUGGCUUCUGUACGGUAAUUAUCAACACUGUCCUCCCCAACUCUUCCGUGCAGCCAGGAUUCAUUUACACAGCCAAGUACACCGUCGUACCGAAUGAUGUCCUUGCUGGCCAAGUGGUCGAAUUCCGUGCAAGCAUAUUGCACUCUGAUAACUUGAGGGUCGAAGUUUGUGUCGCUGCUGACGUCGACAUUCUUCCACUUAUUAAGUAGAAAAUUUCUGUGCAAUAAAAUGUGUGCUAGUAUAAUUCUAUAAUUAUCGAGUUUAAAUUGAUUCGAAAUAAACAUGAUUGAUCAGCCUUAUAAUUUAAAAA